GUUUGAAGCAAGCAAAAGCAAUUUCAAAAAAAAAAAAGAAAAGCUCCCAAAAAAAAUCAUCAAAACAAAAUGGCUUACCAAAUUAAUCUUUCCCUGAUCUUAGUGCUGACAAUAGUGUCAGUUUGUUUGCCAUGGCCUUCCCUAAGUGUUGAUCCGACUCCGUUGCAGGACUUCUGCAUUGCGGAUUUGGAAUCCAAAUCCCCAAUAAUUAAUGGGUUUCCUUGCAAAAAACCCGCCGAUGCAUCUUCGAAAGAUUUCUUCUUCGAAGGGCUGACGAAAAGAGGAAACGAAUUCGAUACCCUAAAUGUGAACCUAACUCAAGUCGAUGUCUUUGCAUUUCCAGCACUGAAUACACUGGGAAUGUCGAUGAAUCGGGUGGAGUUUCUUCCCGGAGGAUUAAACCCGCCCCACACCCAUCCUCGGGCGACGGAAUUAUCACUGGUGGUGGAGGGAAAACUGUUGGCGGGUUGGGUAUCCACGGAAUACAUAUUGUACUGGAAAGUGGUGUCUGCCGGGGAGCUGUUUGUGAUUCCUCCAGGAAUGGUUCAUUUUCAGCUGAAUGUUGGAGAAGGAAGGGCUCAAUUCUAUGCCUCUUUCAACAGUCAGAAUCCAGGCAUCUCUAAGAUGGCUCCAACUCUUUUUGACUCCAUUCCUCUCAUCCCUGAUGAUGUCUUGUCUACGGCUUUCAAUCUCAAUGAUUCUGUUAUUCAACUCAUCAAGUCCAAGGUUGCCCACCUGGGAAGAUAAAUAUAGUGGAUCUUCAAACCUCUUAAUAAUGAUGGUGCCUGCCUUGCAGUUUAAGCUUCUAUUUUAUAAUGAAUGAAUCAUUCAUCGGAGCAAUUUACGUUGCACUUUUUUCCGAUUGUAUUUGCUGUUGUUUUCUUUCUUAGUUUGUUUUGG